CUCAGUAAAGGAUCAGAUACCGUGGAGGGAGGACACACGCCGCUGCUCCUCCUCUUCUUCCUCUUCAUCCGCUCCCAUAAGACUCGCUCGCUCCCACACUGACAGUCGCUUGCGGUCCGUCUGUCUCUCUGUCUGCCUGUCUGUCUGUCUGUUUGUCUGUUGUGUUUGAAGAAAGAAGAGGAAGAUGAAAUAGGUGAAAAUAUUAAUAAGUAGAAAUAUCAGUAAAGAAGAAGAAGAAGAAGAAGAGAUAAAAGUGUAGAAAGAAAGAAAGAAAGAAAGGAAGGAAGGAGAAAAGAGAGAAAGAAAGAUAUAUAAAGAAGAAAAGGAAGAAAGAAACAAAAAAAGAAAGAAGUAACAAGGACAGAAGGAAAGGUAAAGAAAGGAAUUAAGAAAGAAAAUGUGAAAGAAAGAAAGAAAGAGAAAGAUAAGGGAAUAGAUAGAAAGAGAGAAAGACAGAAAGUGACAAACAGGGUGAAAUUAAACGAAAGAAAGAAAAAAGAAAAGAGAAAGAAAAUAAAGAAAGAGAAGAUUGAAAUAUUUCGUUGACAAGGAGAGAGGAGUGUGGAUGUUAUUAAAGACACGAGUUAUUGUUUUUCUUUUUCUUGUUUGCUUAUUUUAAGUGUCGUGUGUUGAGACAAAGAUAAAAGUUAGGAAAUAAAGAUAAAGAUAGUGAAGUGAAAAGAGAAGCGUAAAUAAUGGAAAAAAUAUAGUUAAAAAAAGAGGAAAAAAUAUAUAUAUCACAAAGCAUUUCAAUAAUUUUUUUUUUUUUCCAUUUCAAGGUAGACUGAAAAAGUGAUUGAAAGUUUAAAAAUAAAUCAAAAUACAGAAAAGUUGGUUUGUGUGUGUGUGUGUGUGUGUGUGUGUGUGUGUGUGUGUGUGUGUGUGUGUGUGUGUGUGUGUGUGUAAUUUUUUUAUGUUUGUUCCUGUGCUUUGAAAGUUGAGGGAAAAAAAACUUGGAAAAGGAAAAUUGUAGUAGAGAAAAAGAAAGAAAGAAAAAAAGGAUAAAAAUUUGAUAAUAGGAACAAAAAAGAAGAGAAAGCGAAGGUCGAAAGAAGCGAAAUUGGAGAAAAGAGAAAAUAGGAAGAGAGGAAAAUAAAAUAAAGAAAGGAAAUAGAGAAACAACAAAGAGAUUUGAAAGUUGAAAGUAUAAAAAGAGAGAAAGAAAAGAUCUGACUAAAGAGAAAUUGUUGAAAAGAAAAAGAAAUAAAGGAAAAGAGGAGGAGGAAGAGAGAAAAGAGUGGAAAAGAUUAAAAAGAAUAAAGGAGAUCUUAAAUUUUAAUAUAGAAAAAUAAUUGGAGAAAAAGAAAAGAUUAAAAAAAGGGGAAAUCAUAAAAAGGAGAAAAAGAAAGAACGAGAAGAAAAGAGAAAGAGGAAAACAGAAAAAGACAGAAAAGAAAAGGAAAACGGAUAAAAUAAGAAAAAAAUAAAAGAAAAGGAAAAUCGUAACCAAAGAGUGAAAAGAGAAAGAGAGGAAAAGAGGAAAAGAGAGAAAAAGAGAAAGAGAGGAACCUGACCAAGAAACACCCAACUACUUAAUGGUGGUAGUUAGUGUGGUUGUUAGUGGUAGUUAGAGCCACUACCACCACCACCACCACCACCACCACCACUACCACUACUACUACUACUACUACUACUACUACUACUACUACCACCAGUACCCCCUCUUUCCUCUUCUUCUUCCUCCUCCUCCUCUUCCUCUUCUUCCUCUUCUUCCUCUUCCUUUAUUAUCUCUACUACAACCACCACCACCACCACUUGUUCUCUUUCCUCCUCCUCCUCCUCCUCUUCCUCCUCCUCCUCCACCUCCUUCUCCUCCUCCUCCUCUUCCUCCUCUUCAACCAUGUGGACUCUUCCCUUCGCUGCCCUUUUUGCCCUGACUUCGCCCGGCUGGUGCUCGUGGCCGGUGGGUCCCUCCUUCGUGGACGCCCCCAGGAACGUGACGGUGCGGGAGGGCAGACACGCCUUCCUUCCCUGCAGAGUGACCAACCUCGGCGACAGAUCCGUGACGUGGAUGCGGCGUCGCCACCUGCACAUCAUCACGGCAGGGCUGCUCACCUACUCCCCCGAUGACCGACACAGGGUGUUGCAUCCAGAUGGCACGGAUGAGUGGACGCUUCUCAUCCGCCACGCCCAGCCAGGUGACUCCGGAUGGUAUGAGUGCCAGGUUAACUCUGACCCCAAGAUUACCACACCUGUCCUGCUCGUCGUGAAAGAUAAAAGCCUGGAUGAUCCUUUCUAUCAGCCUGACCACGAGGGGACAGACAACGGUACGCAGGUAAGGAUCGAGGGCCCGCGCGAGAGGUACAUCCAAGCGGGCAGCAUCCUGGGCGUGACGUGCCUGGUGGAGCAUCUGGUGCGGGCGGUGGACUCGGUGGUGUGGUUCAAGGGCGCUGCGAGAUUGGACUACGACUCUCCCAGGGGCGGUAUUGCUAUCCAGACGGAGAAGACGGACGCCCGGACGGUCAGUCGGCUGCGGUUGUCGGCCGUGAGCGCGACAGACUCCGGCCGGUACACUUGUCGGCCGGACUCUGGCGGCUCGGCGUCUGUCUCCGUCCACGUCCAGUCCGGGCAGCCCCACGCGGCCGUCCACCAGGGGGCCCACAACGCCGCCGCCGAAGCCAUUAUCUCUCCACCUCACAGCCUCCUCCUCCUCUUCAUCUUCCUCCAUCUCCCCCUCUUCCAAUCCCUCCCUCGUCUCGUUGUUUCCCGAUGAUCAUGUGUUAGGAAAGACAAACUACUCAUUUACUUAGGUUCAAAUAGCCCCUUAAGAUUGAUUUUGCAAUGGUUAACUUUGAUAAUUGAUGAUAAUUAGUAUUUAGAUUGAUGUAUAUAAGCUAACAUUUUUUUAUUUAUCAUUCACAGGUCGUAAUAGUUUGAUAGGGUUAUUUGUUUAGGUUCGAACACCCUCUUGAGAUUGUUUUUUUUAUGCUAGACUUUGAUAAUUGAUGAUAUUAGUAUUUAGAUUGAAGUUUACAAGCCUACAUUUUUUCUCUCAUUAUAAUUCACACCUGUCAUGAUAGUUUAAUUGGGCUACUCUUAUUAGCUCGUGGAAGAGAUAUGAAUGCAGGAGAAUGAAGUGGAAGAGAAAAGAAUGAAAUGGAGGAGAACUCAAUGAAGGAAAACGGGAUAAAACAAGUCACUAUUGAUUUUAGCGUUCAUUUCUUUCUUUAGUAAGGAGAAGGAAAUAAUGAAGCUCGUAAUGAUAACUAACUGUCGAUAAUGAUGCCGAAUGAACUACCUAAUUACCCUAUUCCCUCAUUAACCAGUUCAAUAAUUAUGCGUUUGGUUCAUUGUACGUUCAUAUAAUUAUCUUCGUAUUAUUAUCAAAGUCAUUCUACUGAGAGCACACAUUCCAUUUCUUCACUAAAACACAGACGUAUGUAUUUCCAAGCGAGCAUCACCGUGUAUAGAAUUAUGUAUGUAUGUAUGUAUGUAUGUAUGUAUGUAUGUAUGUAUGUAUGUAUGUUCUGAUCUCGGGUGUAUAUUCUAAUUUGCAUAUUUAUCCAUUUUUUGUCAGAACUCAAACUAAUAAAUUUCUUCUGCAGUGUAUUUACGAGUUAAUGUGUGUGUGUGUGUGUGUGUGUGUGUGUGUGUGUGUGUGUGUGUGUGUGUGUGUGUGUGUGUGUGUGUGAAGUAGCCAUUGUUAACUUACCAAUAAACGUAAUUUUGAAUAUCUUCUUGACUAACAUGCAUUGUAGUAUAAGUAGUAAUGGUAGUGGUAGUAGUAGUAGUAGUAGUAGUAGUAGUAGUAGUAGUGGUGGUGGUGGUGGUGGCUGCCUUGACAACCAACUAUUUCAAAAGGUAAUGCAACUUCUUUUAUUUGUAAUUAUCUUUUCUUUAUAACUAACAACUCAUUUACUCCCUUAUCAAUUAUUUUCCUGAACUAACAACUAAUUAUACUCAUAAACUUAUCUACACACACGCACACACAGUUAAAAUCAAGAACAAAAAAACAAAACAAACAAAGGAAAACCUAUUAUAAAACUCUAUUAUCCAACUCUUCCCAUUAACACAUCAACCAGUCACCAACCUGAAAACCACUAACAACCACAACGUACCAUUUCCAUCCACGCAACCAACCCAGCGAACGAAACUGGCCGAAGCUCUUUGUGUUUCAGGUCCGCGCGGAGAACCGAACUUGUAGAGGUGGCUGAGUGGAGGACCGUCUCUCAGUUUGCUCCUAUUCGCCGCCCCCACAGCUGCUCCGUUCCUGGUACCUGCCUCGGUCCUUCGUGCCUCUGCUUGCUGUGGAUUCUCGGGUCUCCAACGACGUGGCCAUAUUGAGUCUUGUCAUAUGGUCCCCCAGUGAGGCAUAGAGGUGGAAUUCAUCAGUGUGGUGGAUGUCCAGGGAACUUCAGCGCUCUUCUCAUCUGGACGUCGCCUGUGCUCGGGUAAAUGUUCAGUGUGGUAGUCCCGGGACUUUAUGCUGGCUUUUGGAUGAAGAGUCAAAAGCUGAGAACUCUACUGCCCUACAACUCUGGGACAGAUUCUUCUACUGGUUAAACUUUGUACUGCACAUCCUGUACUCGGCGCGCCCUCCAUUCCCUGGUGUGGAGGGUCCGCCUUCCCUGCUGCCUAAGCGUUGACUGACGUGAUGUUGGUUAAUGUCAUGCUGUGUUAAGAGUUCGAGAGACUCUCCACCUUUGAUUUUGUUUUUCUUUUCUUUUUUUUUAAGCAAUUUUUUUUUCCUGGAGGAGCUCUAGCUGUUUCUCCGGAGACUGUUUCGGGUAUAAUUUGAGGUGUGGUGCAAUGAAAAAUAAGAUUUUCUUCGGCAACUUUUUUCUGCCUAACACUGCAAUAUCACACUUGGGGGUACCCUUAGCCUUUUGAUAAGAGCAUGGAAGCUACAUCAGUACUCUCAACCAUAAAGCUGUUAAAAAUAUUUACAUUUACUUAGUCUCUUGAUGUGUUGCAUCUAGCCAAGAUUUGCUUGUCUACUAUAGAGAAUUUGAAAAGU